UGGAAGACUAACCACCAAGAAUGAUCCAUAAGCAACAUACUUCGAUGGUAGAAACUUCCUUCGGUUUUAUGUACCCUUUUUUCCUGUUCCGAAAAAAAUGUCUCCCCUCAGCACACUUCACCUGCACGCAAUCUUCAACCAGUUAGACAAGAAUGGCGAUGGCCUCGUGAGCUUGGAAGAGCUCAUGUGGCUUCUUGAGAAGAUCGGCGUUUGUGCCACUCGAAAUGAGCUCAAGCUCUUGAUAGGCAAGGAUACCCUCGACCCCCUCGACUUCCUGUUCUUCUAUCAGACUCUGGUGAUUGAUGGAAACAAUGGCAAAUGUGAAAUAGAAGAGAAAGAUGGAAUCUUGGAGGGGGAUCUCAGAAAGGCUUUCCGGGUCUUCGACCUCAAUGAUGAUGGAUUCAUUUCCAGUGAAGAACUCCAAGCGGCACUCUCCAAGUUGGGCCUGUGGGAUGAAUCCUGUGGGAGGGACUGCAAGAGUAUGAUUGGCAUGUACGAUGUCAAUUCAGAUGGACUGCUUGAUUUCGAAGAGUUCAAGAAUAUGAUGUCAGCUUGAACACUUGUUAUAACUGCACUAUGCUAUGUUUUCCUAUGUUUGUUGUUUCAGUAAUAUUCCCAUGCAAUUAAAUAAUAACUAUGUUUUCAACUA